ACAACUAGUGUCAUUUGUAGUUCGAUGAGUGCGCUGUUCGGACGUGUCCCAAAAUAUAUAAAUUAUAUAUAAGUGUCGUUCCGAUAAACGUUUAUCGUAUUUAUAAACGGUUCGUAGCAACGUAGCAGUGGUCUACGGCGAUCGACAGCGGUGCGCGUACGCAGUGCGUUUGUAAUUUUGUGUCAAUAGCUUCUGUACAUCGAAAUGGCUACUAAGGGCGUACAAACCGCUUCAACUUCUAUAUUAUACGACACCUUUAAAAACUGUUCAACUAGUAUGGCUAUGGACCAGGAUGACAAUGUAAUCGUGGUGGAAACCCACCGUGAUAUAGAAUCCGGCAAUGCCAACCCCACUGCAGCAGCCGCAGCUCCACAGCCCACUAGGGCUUCGAAAGUGCCCCUUAUUGGGACGAGCUCCAUCAUCGGGCUCGCUGACGUCACAGACAACAAGCUGAUCUGGAGGCAGCUCCUCGCAGAGCUGAUGGGCACGUUCCUCCUCACCUCCGUAGGAGUGGCUGCUUGUAUCGCGAUCUCUGCGAGCAACGCGCCGCAGGUCACCAGCAUAGCCCUGUGCUUUGGUUUGCUGGUUGCAUCGAUUGUACAAGCGAUCGCGCACGUCUCAGGAGGGCACAUCAACCCCGCGGUGACAGCGGGUUUGUUCGCGGCUGGUGAUGUGAAGCUCAUCAAAGCAUUAUUCUAUAUCGUGGUACAAACGCUCGGGGCUGUCGCUGGAGCUGCUUUCAUCAGGUUGGCUGUUCCUGAAGACAGGGUGUUGUCCUUUGGUAUGACUUUGCCUGGAGAUGGUAUCACUGAUGGUCAGGCUGUGCUGGUAGAGGCUCUGAUCACGUUCGUGUUAGUGCUGGUGGUGCAGGGCGUGUGCGACGCGCGCCGCAACGACAUCAAGGGCUCCGGCCCGCUCGCCAUCGGCCUCAGCAUCACGGCUUGUCAUGCGGCUUGUAUUCCAUUCACUGGCUCAAGUAUGAAUCCCGCUCGGUCCUUCGGCCCCGCGCUCGUCAUGGGUAACUGGACUUCACAGUGGGUAUACUGGGUGGGCCCGAUCGCCGGCGGCGUGAUCUCCGGCAUCCUGUACAGAUUCGUGCUCCGCAUUGGCAAGAACGGAGACAGCGGCUCUUACGAUCUAUAAACUCUCAGCCCUCGAGCUCUCACUAGUGCCUUAGCCUCUCGUGUAACUUUCAAUGUGCACUUUUAUAAGCAUUUAUUUUUAGAAACAGUUUUCAUACGUGGAACGUGCAAAAUAAAAAGCUACACAAGGGAAAACCGCCAAAAUAUGAACUCAUUGACGCGAAUAAUGAUGUGAACUUUAGGGGGGAAAAGUUUAUCAAUGAGUUCAUAUUUUACAUAAUUUAAAAAUUAUUUCCAAAGCCGAUCCGAAUACGAAAAGUUACGUUUGUUAAGACGUUCGCGGUUAAGUUAUUAUAUAAUAUAUUUUAGUGAAGUAAGAUAGGGAUCAUACAAAAGUAUUAAGCCUAAUUUAUACUAUGUGAUUAAUUUAUAUUAAGUUAUAAUGUUCAAUUUAUAGCAUACUCAAAUGUUUGAUAAUUGUAUAUAUAUUAUUAUGAGAAAUAUAAUAAUAACGAGAAUAAAUAAUGUCGUUACAAUGAUUUGUUCACAAAAAUGUAUAUUGCAAAAUAUAUUAUUUGCUAAAUAAAAA